CCCGCAAGUGAAGAAGAUGAGACAGGAUCCUCGCUGAGCAAAGACGCUGUUGCACCUGAAAUGGAGCCCAGUGCCUGCAGGAUGCCUCCACUCCUCUCCUGCGUCCACUCCCUGCAGCUUUGGCAUCUCCUCCUCCUGGUCUCGGCCGUCCCUCCUCCUGGCGUCUGGUCUCUUCGCUCUCGGGGCCCGGCGGCCGCUCGGCCUCUUUGCACCCGUCGGAGCCCCUCAGCCCCACGGCCCAUUUGCAUCUGGGACAGGACCUCGCUGCCAGAGAGGGAUUCUCGCUUCGCCCUGCCACGCCAGCGGGUCCUGGCACCGGGGGGAGAGCUGCGGCACGUCGUGCGGCUGAGGCGCCAGGCGGUGGGGGCCCGCCCCGCCACCCCCUCCGGAUUCGAGGAUGGCAUGCCCUCCUCCCAGUACCCCUGGGCCAUCGUGUGGGGCCCCACGGUGUCGGAUGAGGACGGAGGGGACACCAACUCGGCCAACCCAGGCUUCCCACCGCUGGGAUACACCUUUGUCUCGCCACACGGGAUGGCAACGGCGCAGCCCAACUCCCACUCACUCCUGCACAACGCGGGGCUCAACCUGCGCGAGACCCCGGCCACCCUGCGGCCCUUCUUGUUUGGGCCCCGGGGGGAAGGUGUGGACCCCCAGCUGUACGUCACCAUCACCAUCUCCAUCAUCAUUGUCCUGGUUGCCACCGGGAUCAUAUUCAAGUUCUGCUGGGACCGUAAUCAGAAACGCCGGCGUCACUCGGGGCAGCAGAGCGGUGGGAGGCAGCAGGAGAGCCAGCAGCCCCUCACGGACCUCUCCCCCACCACCGUCAGCAUCCUGGGGCCCUACGGUGACUCUCUGGCCCCCACGCCCGAGGCAGAGGAGUCCAGGCAGGGCCAGGAGGGUGUGGAGAAACUGGGGGGCCAUGGGAAGAGCACGGCCUUCCAGCUCAACCGAAUCCCCCUGGUGAACCUGUGACGCUCACGGGAGAAGCAGAGCUGGCUCCCCCCACCCUCCUGUCACAGCCGGCGAGCGCAGACUCCCGCCGCCUCUGCUGCCCCAGGAAAAAACGACCUCCUUGUGCCAUGGCCCGCCACCACCAUUAUUAACUAACUCCACCAGGACGUGCCUGGGCAAAUGGACGAGCUGGGCCUCCUUAGCCUCCUGCUGGGGGAAGGUUGGGGACCCCCCCCGCCCACGCAGGACAGGGUGAUGAGA